AAGGGUCAUAUAGAGCCGAAACGCCCUCAGUAUUUUUGGGUCGAAAUGACUUGAGGCUGAAUGACUGGAAAUCGUUGAUUCUAGAGCUGCCAAAUCAGAAAUGAAACUUCGUUUGCGUUUAGAUAAAAUUAGCAAAGUCGUCGAUAUUAGUGAUGAAAUAUCUGAAGAUUUGACUGUAGAUGAUCUAUCAGAGAGAGCUUUGAACGUAUUUCAAGAUUGUUUAUAUGGAGAGUACUUUUUAAGUCUGAACAAAAAAGAUGCACUUAAUGGACAACUGAAAGUGAAAGGAGACUGUGAUAUUGUGAGUGGAGAUCUUAUCUACAUUGUACAGGUUGGGGAUCAAAUUACUGGAUCUGCUAGUUCACACAUUGCCACUGCAACAGAUGCUAAGGGCAAUACAGUUGAAACUGCAUCAAAAAUAAUAAACUUUGGUGAGAAAAAGAUUGAUGAAAAUAAAUCUAGCGGAAAUAAUGCCCAGUCAGCAAUGCCUAUAGAUACAGGACAGCCAGGUACCAGUGCUGAAUGUUCCAUGGAACCAGAAACAGAUGCAAGCUAUGAUGUUGCCAUGGAAACUGAGGAAGAAACAGUAGAUCAUGUAGUUGUGAAGCAGUGUUUGAGUGAACCUGUUUUAUGUAGAGAAGCAGUAAAUGGGACAGUACCAGCCUUGUUACAGGAAAUAUAUACAUGUCUAGAACCUAGAGACAUGGCAGAAUCUCUUUGUAUAGCUUUACAUGUGUUGAUGCUGGAAACUGGAUUUAUUGUAUACACUGAGCAAGACAAGAUAGGUGUUUCCCAGUUACCAGUUGAAUGGCGAUAUAGUGGUUACUUUAAGUUCUCCUACACAUACCCAGGUUGUGCUGAUACCUCAUGCUGUAUAACAGUUAUUACUACAGGGAAUUCUGUCAUUGUACAUGGUGAGUAUACACACAGUUAUCCUAUCUUGAACUCUAAUCAUGCUUCAUUUCUUAAAUGGACUUGUCCAGCCUUCAUUUUUGGAACUAUUCAUUAUCAAUUAAGGGGACAUCAAGAUAGAAAAUUUACUAGUGCAGAGCUUGAUAGGACUAAAUGGAUGCCAAUUUUUUUUUUACAUUUUCUUGCCCCCUUUUACAUGAAGGGAAUGGUCUUUUAUGGCUGA